UGUCGAAAUGGUUAUCAAAGUGUUUGUUGCCACAUCUUCUGGGUCCAUAGCGAUUAGGAAGAAACAGCAAGAAGUGGUGGGCUUUUUGGAGGCGAAUAAAAUCGACUUUAAGGAAUUAGACAUAGCUGGAGACGAAGACAACAGGCGGUGGAUGAGAGAGAAUGUUCCUGGGGAGAAAAAACCUCAGAAUGGGAUUCCUUUGCCCCCCCAGAUCUUCAAUGAAGAGCAGUAUUGUGGGGAUUUUGACUCCUUCUUCUCUGCAAAAGAAGAGAAUAUUAUCUAUUCCUUCCUUGGCUUGGCUCCCCCUCCGGGCUCAAAGGUGGCAAAAUCACCGGAGGAAGCAUCUUCCCUUCCCAAUGGCGAUGUAGUGGGAGAGGCAGAGAGCACAGCAGAGGGGACAGAGAAGGCUGAAGAAAGCGGAGAAAGCGAGGCACAAGGAGAGGGCGCUGAAGGUGCGGGCGAGCUCCCCGAGUCCCCAGAGAAGGAAGAAGAGGGAGAGACCGCAGCAGAAGAGGCCGCAGACGUAACGAAGGAGGGAGCAGAAGGGGAAGCAGAGGAAGAGGAAGCUGAGGCGGGAGAAGAGGAGCCCGGAGAAGAAGAAGACUCUUAGGCCUUUUCCUGCCUAGUUCUUCGACUCUCCCAGAAAAUCCACACCGAGAAGCAACAUUUCAAAUGUCUCCCCAUAAACCCCAUGAAGUGUUUUGGCUCAAAGCUAGCAUACCUGUCCCAGGAUGCCCGGGGUUCGUGGAGGACUUGUACUUCUGACAUGGUUGAUGUACAUGAGUAUCUACUUAAUCAUAUCAAUAUGGAAUUAAAUGUGAAGAUGAUGUAUGCAUACUUUCAUGUGCUUUGCCUGAUGUUCUUGGCCUUGGCUUAACUUUUUCUGCAUGCAUGAAUAGACCUUCUUAUUAAUACUCUGAAAAAAAAUGAUUUUAGGGACUAGAACUAACUUCUCUUUGUGUUCCAGCAGAA